GCGGGCGAGCGUGUGCGGUUGUCGCAGGUGGGGCUGGCGGCCCGCAGCCCGGAGGGCCACGCGGCGCGAGGCAUGGCCAUCAAGGGCCGCGAGGAGCUGUGGGUGGAGAUACAGGCGAACACGUUCCGCAACUGGGUGAACGAGCACCUGCGCGGAGCGGGGCUGCGCGUGGACGACCUGGCCGCGGACCUGUGCGACGGCACGGCGCUGUGCGCGCUGGUCGAGACGCUGCAGAAGCGCGCCCUGCGCCCCGCCUGGGUGCGGCGCCCCGCCAACAGGCACCACUGCCUCGAGAACGUGUCGGCCGCCCUCGCCGCUGUCGCCGCCGACGGCGUCAAGCUCGUCAACAUCGGCAACGUGGACAUCGUGAAUGGCAACCUCAAACUCAUACUCGGCCUCAUAUGGUCGCUCAUCGUGCGCUACCAGAUCGGCCGCUCCAAGUUCCCGCCCAAGAAGCUGAUGCUCGCCUGGCUCAAGGCGGUGCUCCCCGAGUGCAGGGUGACCAACUUCACAACGGACUGGAACUCGGGCGUGUGCCUGAGCGCGCUGCUGGACUACUGUCGGCCCGGACUGUUGUCGCACUGGCGCAGCCUGGACCCGCGCGACAGCGUUGCCAACUGUCGCGCGGCGAUGGAGCUGGCGCGCCGCGAGUUCCAGAUCCCCAUGAUCCUGGAGCCGGAGUACUUGGCGUCGCCCUUCCUGGACGAGCUGUCGGGCAUGACGUACCUGUCGUACUUCAUGAAGGAGGACAGCCCCGGCUUCCACGCCACGCUGCGCUGGGUCAACGGCCAGAUGCCGGACACCCCUGUGCGCAACUUCACCACGGACUGGAACGACGGGCUGGCGCUGUGUGACCUGGUGCGCUCCCUGGGCGGACCGGUGCCGGACUACGACCAGCUGAGCUCGGGCCGCGCGCACUGGGAGUCCAACAUCAGCAAGGGCAUCGCCGGCGGCCUGAAGCUGGGCGUGGAGCCGCUGCUGAAGGCGCGCGACAUGGCGGACAAGAGCGUGGAGCACCUGGGGGUCAUGGCGUACGCCGCCAACUUCCAGUGGGUGCAGCCGCGCGAGCGGCCCGGGGACCGCCUGGCCGUGGCCUGCGACCUGCACACCGCCGUCGUCAACAAGCCGGCGGUCUUCAGGCUGGACCUGCUGUCCCGGGAGGUGGACCCCAAGGAGGUGCAUGCGGAGGUGCUGGGUCCGUCGGGCAAGCUGGACUGUCGGCUGUCGCUGUCGGGCGGCGGCGGCCGGGGCUCCUUCGUGCCCUUGGAGGUCGGCAUGCACCAGCUCCUGGUGUACAACGAGGGGGAGAAGGUGCGCGGCUGCCCCAUCAACAUCAGGGUGACCCCGGAGCUGACCAAGAUCUCGUACCCGGGCAUGGAUCCGUGUGCCAUCGGCUCCAUCGUGGAGGUGCUGAUCAACUCGAAUGGGGCGCACAGCAGCGAGAUCAGCGUGAUCGCACGCUCGCCCACGGGCCGCCGCCUGCCGUGCCCCGUGCAAGAGACGGACGGCAUCUACACGGCCACGUUCCAGCCGGACGAGGCGGGCGAGUGGAGCAUCGCGGUGACCCACGGCGGCGAGCACAUCCAGGGAGGGCCCUUCCGCUGCUUCGUGUUCGACCCCGACGGCGUCAAGGUGCGCGGGCUGGAGGGGGCGCUGCCCGGGCAGCUGUUCAGCUUCACCAUGGACACGAGCGCGACGGGCGGGCUGGGGGACGUGUGCCUGGACAUCGUGCACGCCGGCCGCUCCGUGCCGCACAGCGUCGAGGGCCUGGGCGCCAGCCUGUACCGCGUGUGCUGCACGCCCAUGGAGCCGGGCAAGCACCGCGUCUACGUCUACUUCAACGGCAGCGACGUCAAAGGUUCGCCGUUCUGUCUGCGCGUGGGCGGCCGACGCUCGACCGACAAGUCUGGCUCUCCUCAGGGCGUUACCGCCGCCCAUCGCGAGAGCAAGGGAUCGCUGGAGAGACAGCGGCACCUGCGGGAGGACCGCGUGGGCUCCCCGUCGCGCGGCAUGCCCAACGGCCGUGUGUCCAGCCCCUCCGUCAACAACCACCACCACUCACCGAGCCCCAGCCCGCUGCUGCGAGCCAGCCCCGCGUUCAGUCCCAUCCACAAGCCGGGGCACGCCAGCCCCGCCUUCAAGCCGGAGCACGCCAGCCCCCUGCUGCGUGCUAGCCCCGCCUUCAAGCCAGAGCACGGCAGCCCCCUGCUGCGCGCUAGCCCCGCCUUCAAGCCCGAGCAUGGCAGCCCUUUGCUGCGCGCUAGCCCCGCCUUCAGGCCGGGGCGCGCCAGCCCAGUAGUGGCAGCCCAGCAGAACGGCCACGCCCUGUCGGAGGAGCGCAGGGCGCGGCGCAGCUCGGUGGACCUGCUGGAGGAGAGGAAGAGCGCCGUAGACACCUCGUCCAACGUGCGAGUGUCUGCGAUGCUGGGGGGGUCGAAUCUGCGCGCCGACUCGUGGGACGCCAUCGCCAAGACGAAGAACCUGCUGUCGUACGGCAGCCUGGAGUCCCUGGCCAACCUGACGUCCGCCAAGUCCGAGACCAGAGAGUUUGUGCGCAACGAGUCGAGCCACGUGACGAGCGUGCACCACGUCAACUCGGAGGACACGGUGGAUGCCGUGCACACCAGGUUCCGAGGACGCUCGCCGCUGGGCGCGCCCCGGACCGCGGGGCUCCUGUCUUCCCCUGCGAGGGGCUCCCCGGACGUGGUGUCGGCCGUGGUGAGCGGUGAGGCGCUCGAGCUGGUGCCCAUCAACCGGCCGGCAUCGAUCAGCGUGGAGCUAGAGGACAAGAGCGACCUGGCCGAGCUCUCUGCCACGGUCACAGCUCCGUCGAGACGCAGCGCGCCCGCCACGGUGUUCCGCAGCCGGGACAAGGCGACGCUGAGCUUCAGCGUGACGGAGAUCGGGGAGCACACCAUCGACGUGAGGGUGCGCGACCAGCGGGUGGCCGGGUCCCCGUUCAGGACGCACGCGUACGACGCCAAGGCCAUCCAGGUGGGCCGCAUCCCCGACGGCGUCAUCGGCCAGCCGGUCGAGUUCGAGAUCGACGGCUCGGGCGCCGGCUCGGGCAACCUGGAGAUCCUGGUGAACGGCGGUCACGUGACCAGCUUCGUGACCAGCCUGGGCGAGCACCGCUUCCUCGCCUCGUUCGUGCCCCACGAGGCCAUCGCGCACCUCGUCGAGAUGCGCUUCAACAAGGAGACCGUGCCCGGCAGUCCGUGGCAGGUGGCCGUGAUGGCGGCGCCCAAGAUGUCCGUGGUGGGCGAGGCGGUGCGCCUGGUGGCCGCGGGCUCCACCGCCACCUUCGAGCUGAGCGCGCUGGGCUUCGCUCGCGAGGACAUCAAUGUGCACAUCAUCAGCCCCAGCAAGCGGCCCGUGGCGGCGCGCCUGGUGGAGGAGCAGGGCGGGCAGUUCCGCGUGGAGUUCACCCCCGGCGAGGUGGGCAGCCACCUGGUGGAGGUGAGCGUGGCGGGCCAGAAGCUGCCGGCGGGCCCGCUGGUCGCCAAGGUGUACAACAGCGCGCUCAUCCACGUCACGGACGUGGGCAGCGGCGUCGUGGGCCAGCCCUGCCAGUUCAGGGUGGAUGCCAGCCAGGCGGGCGAGGGCCAGCUGGAGAUCUCCAUCAACGAUGGCGAGGUCCCUAACCACGUGCAGGUGGUGGGGGGCGGCCGCUGCCUCGUCAGCUUCACCCCGGACCAGAUCAAGCCCCACCUCAUCGACAUCAAGUUCAACGGCGAGACCGUGACGGGAUGCCCCUUCGUGUGCGCGGUGUCCGGCUCGAGCCGGGUGUCGCUGACGCUCAGGAACCUGGAGCUGGUGCCGGUGAACGAGGUGGCGCGCUUCCACAUGGGCGUGGACGGCAGCGGCAGCGCGGAGCUGGCCGUCUCCGUGAGGGGUCCCGCGGGGGAGCUGCCGGUGAAGGUGACGGGCAACAUCCACAGCGGCUUCACGGCAGAGUUCACGCCCCGCGAGGUGGGCCCCCACUCCAUCACGGUGGAGUACAACGGGCACCCCGUCAGCGGCACGCCCUUCGUGGCCAAGGCGUACGACGCCAAGAGAGUGCUGGUGGGGACGCUGCCCAAGGGCUCCGUCGGCAAGACCCUGCAGUUCAUGGUGGACGCCAGCCAGGCCGGUGAGGGCAACCUGGAGAUCACCAUCAGCGUCAGAGGACAGAACAUCCCCACACAGGUGCACCCACAGGGCAACGCGCGCUUCGCGGUCAGCUUCGUGCCCAUCGAGCCCACCGACCACGUCAUCAGCAUCAACUUCAACAAGGAGAGCAUACCAGGGUCGCCGUUCCUGGCGCGCAUACAGGGAGACUCUCCGCACCAGAUCCUCGUGUCGGGACCGUCCCUGACCUCGGCCGCGGUCGGUAAAACCUCGUAUUUCACAAUGAGCAAUGUUGGCGGGAGUGUCGAGGACAUAGAAGUCAACGUGGAGGGCCCCAACGGACAGUCCGUCCCCGCGCAGGUGAAAGACAUCGGCUCACAGACUUUCCAGAUAGAGUUCACCCCGCGCGUCGUGGGUGAGCACCGCAUCUUGGCGGCGUACCGCAAGGUGGCCGUGGCGGGCUCGCCCUUCAGCUGCAAGGUGUACGACGUGAAGGCCAUCCGCGUCAAGGACGUGGGCAAGGGCGUCGUCUCCAAGCCCAUCACAUUCGUGGUGGAGACGAGCCAGGCGGGGCCCGGCAACCUGGAGGUGACGGUGAACGGGGGUCGCGUGCCCACCUCCGCGCAGGCCCAGGGCCCGCACUCCUACGCCAUCUCCUUCACGCCGCGCGAGGCCGUGCCACACACCGUUGACCUGCGCUUCAACGGCGAGGACGUGCCAGGCAGUCCGUUCACGUGCCUGGUGUCCGAGGCCGCGCGCGUGGUGCUGGCGGGCGACGGGCUGGAGAAGGUGGCCGUGUGCCACACCGCGAGCUUCAGCGUGGAGGCCGACCCCUCCCUGGGACGCCCGGAGGUGCAGGUGCUGAGCCCCUCGCGCCAGCCGCUGGCCGUGGACGUGGGCGCCCAGGCCGCCGGCCGCUACGCCGUGCACUUCACGCCCACCGACGUCGGCGACCACAGCGUGGAGGUGAAGCUGGGUGGGGCCAACGUGGAGGGCAGCCCCUUCCUCGUCAAGGCCUACGACGCCUCCAAGGUCAAGGUCACAGACAUCAACUCGGGCGUCGUCGGCAAGCCCGUCUUCUUCAGCAUAAACGCGAGCCAGGCGGGCGCGGGCAACCUGGAGAUCAUCGUGUCCGUGGCGGGGCGCAACGUGCCCAACUUCGUGCAGUCGGAGGGCAACGCCAAGUUCCGGGUGAACUUCAAGCCCCAGGAGGCGGCCGCGCACAGCCUGAGCGUGCGCUUCAACGGGGAGCCCGUGCCAGGGUCGCCCUUCACGUGCAAGGUGCUGGACGUGAGCCAGGUGCUGGUGUCGGGCUCGGCCCUCAAGAUGUCCCCGGUGGGGCGUCCCGCCCAGGUGCUGGUGGACCCCCAGGGCGCCGGCGGGGACCUGGGCACCUGCGACGUGUCCGUCACCUCCCCCUCGGGCCUGGGCGUGCCGGUGCGCGUGUCGCGCUCUGACAAGUUCACGGCCGAGUUCCUGCCCACCGAAGUCGGUCGGCACAGCGUGAGCGUGCUGCUUGACGGAGAGCCCGUGAAGGGCAGUCCCUUCGCCUGCAACAUCUACGACAUCAGCAAGGUGCGCGUCACCGGCCUGGCCCCCAUCAAGAUAGGGAAGCCCGGCACGUUCACGGUGGAUGCGUCGGAGGCCGGCGAGGGCACCCUGGAGCUCGUGGUGAGCACGGCCAAGACGACGGUGAAGGCAGAAGUGGUGGCGUGCGCGCGCGGCCUCUACGACGUCACCUUCGUGCCGCACCAGCUGGAGCAUCACUUCAUCAACAUCACGUUCAACGAGGAGGACGUGCCAGGCAGCCCGUUCAGGUGCGAGGUGCUGGAGCUGGGGGCCAAGGAGAUGAAGCAGAUGCAGCGCAAGGAGUCGCGCAUGGUGACGGUGCGCGGCGAGGGCUUGAAGGACGUGGCGGUGGGCGCACCGGCCUGCCUCGACCUCGACCCCAAGGGCAUGGGCGGGCGCCUGCACGUGGAGGUGGUGGCCCCUGACGGCUCCCAGCUGCCGUGCUUCGUGAAGAAGCUGGGCUCCGGGUCGCACCGCGCCGAGUACACCCCGCAGCUGGUCGGGCCGCACAGCAUCACCGUGUACCACAACGAGCAGCCCAUCAGCAAGGUGCCCUUCACCGUGCACGCCUUCGACCCCGCGCAGGUCAAGAUCGUGGAGAUGGACGAGGCCUUCUGCAACCGCCAGGCCUCCUUCAAAGUGGACGCGUCCAGUGCAGGGCGCGGCGUGCUCACGGCCAGCGUGCGCGCGGCAGGACAGGAGGUGAAGCACUCGGUGAGGGACCUGGAUAGCGGCCACAGGUACCAGGUGGUGUACCAGCCGCGCCUCGCCGUGCCGCACCGCGUCGACCUCAAGUACAACGGCCUGCACGUUGCAGGCUGCCCAUUCGAGGUGAGCGUGAAGAGCCCGGCCGUGGGGCAGGACGUGAUGGCCACGGGCCUGGGGCUGUACCAGUCGCGGGCGGGCAAGGCGACCAGCUUCGUGAUCGAGACGCUGGGCCACGCGGCCAAGGAGUUCGACGUGGUGGUCACGUCGCCGCUGGGACAGGCGGUGCCCGUGCGCUGCUACCAGCAGAAGGACGGCAACCUGCUGGCGGAGUUCACGGCCGCCCACGCAGGAGCGUACAAGGUGGACGUCACGCACGGCGCCAGGGCAGCCAGGGGCUCCCCCUACUACUGCCAGGUGUACGACCCCUCCAAGGUCAGGCUGGAGGACGUCAGCUCCAAGUCUGUCACCGUCAACGAGAAGAUAGCCUUCAAAGUGGCGCGCAAGGAGGCGGGCUUCGCGGAGCUGGACGUGACGGUGACGAGCCCCCUGGGCCGAGACCUGCCCCUGGAGGUGAGCAGCCGGCCCGAGGACAAAGACACGGACCACAUAGAGUUCUGCCCCAGCCUGCCGGGCAACUACCGCUUCAGCAUCCUGUACGGCGGGGAGGAGGUGCCAGGCUCGCCGGUCACGUUCCCGGUGGAGGAGGCCGGGGUGUGCAAGGCGAUGGGCGAGGGCCUGCAGCGAGCCCAGGCGGGCAGCCCCGCGAGCUUCAAGGUGCUGUGCCCCGCGGGGGCCGGCGACACGCGCCCCAGCGUGCGCGUGGACGGCCCGGAGAGCGUGGUGGCCUGCUCCCUGGAGCGCGAGGGGGAGGGGGUGUGGGUGGCCAGCUACACCCCGCAGGAGGUGGGCGUGUACGACGUGCAGGUCUCGCUGGACGACGUGCCCGUCCCAGGCUCGCCCUUCCACCCGAAGGUGGUUGACGCGCGCAGGGUGCGUGUGAUUGGCGGCUGGGAGUCCUUCAUGGACGCGGAGGGCCGCCUCGAGCUGUCCGUGCACAACACCAAGAAGAUCAGCAUGGACACGUCAGAGGCCGGUCCAGGGCAGCUGACGGCGGAGUGCCGGGGGCCGCAGGGCGGCGCGGUGCCGGUGGCCGUGGAGCCCACGGCGCAGGGCCGUGUGCGACUGCUGCUCACGCCGCGCGAGGCGGGCGAGCACCUGCUCUACCUGCAGUACGGGGGGUUCCCUCUGCCGCGCAGCCCGCUGCUGGGCGUGGCCGAGGGCGGCCCCUCCCCGGCGGGCCCCGUGAGGGUCGUGCUGGCGGGCCAGGGGCUGGCCGCGGCGCGCUGCCACGACGAGGCCGAGUUCACCAUCGACGGCUCCCAGGCCGGCCCCGGCACGCCCGAGGUGACGCUCACGGGCAUGAAGGCAGACAUGAAGGUGCAGCUGCAGAACCUGGGCAACAACGUGUACCGCGCCAGCUACACGCCCACCGCGCCGGGCGCCUACCUCCUCAACGUCAUGUGGUCCGACAGGCAGGUGAAGGGCUGCCCCUUGAAGGUGGUGGUGACUGCCGUGUCGGACGCCAGUCGCGUCGUGUGCUCCGGGGACGGCUUGCGCGUCGGCACCGUCGGCAAGGAGAUACGCAGCUUCAUCAACACCCGCCAGGCAGGCCCAGGGGAGCUGACCGCGCACUGCGUGGGACCACACAAGGUGGCGUACUGCGAGCUGUACGACCACGGCGACGGCACGUUCACCCUCAACGUGAAGCCCCAGGAGGCAGGGCGACACGCCCUCACCGUCAAGUACGGUGGCGAGCACGUGCCGGGCAGCCCCUUCGCGCUGCGCGUGGCCGGCUCCCCGGACCCCAGCAAGGUGCGCGUGUACGGCCCGGGCAUCGAGCACGGCGUGCUGGCCUCCUUCCAGAGCCGCUUCAUCUGCGACACGCGCGGCGCCGGCGCCGGCCAGCUCACCGUGCGCGUGCGUGGCCCCAAAGGAGCGUUCCGGGUGGAGAUGCAGCGCGAGAGCCAGAAGGACCGCACCAUCCUGUGCAAGUUCGACCCCACGGAGCCGGGCGACUACCGCGUGGAGGUCAAGUGGGCGGGGGAGUACGUGCCGGGGUCGCCCUUCGUCGUCAUGAUCUUCGACACGCAGGAGGAGCUCACCAGGUUCCUGCAGGGGAGCCACUCGCCCGGCUCCGACCUCUACGGCAGCGUCGGCUACUCCACGGGCUACGCGCACAUGAACUUCGGCGGACCCGGCGCGACAGGGACCUGGCGGGGGUCGCAGCCCCAGCUGUGAGCCCCACGGCCCACGUCCCAUCUUUCCAUAUCUGCUCCCAUGUACACAAUAAACACCACACUACUGUUCUACCUCUGCCUUGUUUGUGCCCCCCAUCUUGCAAGCACUCCACAACGCACCUGUCCGCCUAUUGGUUAUUUUGUAAUGCCGAAGAAAGAUGCCAUUAUCACCCGUUAUAUAAGAUUAGGGUACAAGAAAGCUGUUCUAAUAAGUUUUUCUCAUCAUAUAUUAGUGUGUGUGUCUGUGUGUAUAUAUAUAUAUACAUAUAUAUACACACAAGUUUUUUCCCCUCAGUCUCAUAUCACCAUAUUAUGUUCUCAUUUGUAGUACGCUAUUCUACAAUAGUGCCAACAGCAUUUACAAACACCACAAGCACAAUAUGUUGUCCUAAGCUGUGUGUACAACACAAAACUUAUGUAUCUUGUAUCUUCGGUUAUUGAGUGAAAAUGUGGGAUGACAUUGUUUACUAGAGAAACAAUAACUUUUAAAUUUUAUGUUUGUAUCUUUUUCAAUUUGUGAAAGAGCUUUUUUUUCCUCCACCCAGAAAAUGUUUGAAAAAAUGUGAAAAAUAAUUUGGAAUACACAUACUCAUCUCGUUUGUUUACACUAUAGACUUUAGUAAUAAAUGUAUAGUUUAGACUAAGGAACAAUUAUUGUUAAUGGUAUGAGAAAAAAUUUUUUGAAAAUUUAUCUCAAUUCCUUUUUUUUAACGUCUGAAGGGGGAAAAAAUUCUGAAAAUGGUAUUUUUUAGUUUUUGUUUAAUGGAACAAUAUUUUAAUAGCUAACCAUUUUUAUCAGUUGGUUAGGUUGGUAACAUUAAAAAUGAAAAUUGGUGUAAUGUUUGGUUUUGUUGGAUUAGCAACAUAAAAAUGGCUAAACUUUGUUUUUCAGUUCAACUAAUACUCAAAAAUACCAUUUAUGAAUUAUAAUUUUCAAGAGCAGCUAUACUAUUCUUGAAAUGGCCUUUACAAAAUAAUGAUUGUUAAGUGUACAUUUGAUGCCAAACUUAAUAUCAAACAUAAAACUUUCACAGA